AUGGAACUAUCUGUUAUGCCAUGUCCAUAUAUACCACUUUGUUAUCCACCUUUAUCACUUCGUUAUUUGCCAUCGACUACUUUUUCAUCUCCGAUUCUUACUCAUUUAUAUAUCAGUGUCGAAACUUUAGAUGAUUGUUUUUAUUUACUUGAUGGUCGACUUAGAAAACUGACAACAUUGUGUGUCAAUGUUCAUUAUAUGGACAGAUUUUCAGAAGCUGUUCAUAAUAUGGACCAAUUAUUAAAUCUAAAAUGUUUCUCAUUAAAAUCGUUCUGUUUAUUUCAUCAAUAUGAUAAAAUUGUAUUACUUCUUCGUCGUAUGUCAAAUCUGGAAAAAUUAACUCUAAAUAUUUCUGUAGAAGGUCGAAAUAAAGUUAUUGGUGGUGCUUUUGUUCAACAUCAUAUUUUGGAUUAUAUGCCACAACUUCGUUCAUUCACUUUCUAUAUUUGUACUUAUGUCGAUCCGAUUGCUUUACCUCACAAGUUAUCUAGUGAAGAUAUUCAACUAACAUUAACAAAUAUUGGACUACAACAUGUCAGUAGUACAGUCAGUUAUGUUCAUAGAAGUACCGACUUUGUUUAUGGUGUCAGAGCUGCAUGCUCAAUUUUCUCACUUCCUUUUGAAUUUAAUUAUCUUCAAGAUCUUGGUAAUAACUUUCCAAAUAUUGUAUUUAGUUUUGUUACCAAUUUACUUAUACAAGAUACUAUUCCAUUCGAACAUGAAUUUUUCAUGCGAAUUGCUCGAUCGUUUCCGUUACUCAAGCAUUUAUGUAUUCGGAAUAGAGAAUCACAAAAAUUGGAUGGUCUUGUGACAUUUUCAUCUGACAAUUGUCAAUUACACUCAAUUAUUGAAUACCCCCAUCUCACUAUACUUGAUGUCAGAUCUUCACA